AUGAAGUCCACUCUCGUCCUCCUUGCUGUCGCUGGUGCCGUCUCUGCCCAGACCACUCGGGCCCCCUUGACCACGGAUGAGAUCGAUAUCCCCUUCCCCACAAACGACGCCCAGAUCUCAAGCUUUCUCAACAGCGUCUUCCCUACCUCCGGCGUCGCCAUCCCCACAAACGACGCCCAGCUCUCAAGCUUUCUCAACAGUGUCUUCCCUACCUCCGGCGUCGCCAUCCCCACCAACAGUGCCGAACUCUCAAGCUUUCUCAACAGCGUUUUCCCUACCUCGGAAGGUUCCUCUAGCGGUUCUGCCUCCCGGUCAUCCAGCGGAUCUGCGUCCUCCACCGGCUCCGUCACUGUCACGACCUCUGGUUCUUCCUCCAGCGCCACUGACACCACCCUCUCCAGGUCCACCUCCGGCUCCGCCACUGGCACCACUGCUUCCAGCUCCGAUUCUUCUUCUUCUACCGGUUCUUCCACUAGCUCCUCCGCUUCCGCUACUAGCACCGACGACGGCAGCGGUGUCGCUAGGCCCAUGAUCGGGGCCGGUGUCGCCCUCCUCGCCGCCGCUCUGGCUCUCUAA